CCGAAACCGAUUUUCUUGCGUGUUGUUCUUUCGCUAGUGCGUGCAGUUUACGAUGUUUUGUGCUCGUGUGUCCGUUUGAGUGGUCGGUUUCGUUUUGCAUUUAGAUGGGAAAAUUAAUGCUCUACAGUUGGUGUCGCCAGCGUGAAAAGUGAAGCUAUAUACGGAGUGUUGAAGAAAGGGUGUAUUUAAAACGUGCCCGCAUCUUGUCCUGCGGGCGAUUAGGGGAACGGGCCGUGAAAAGUAGUCAGUGCACUGGUGUUUCUUCUUCUGUACCAUUUCCCAUCUGUGUUCUAAAAGUAUCCAGCGAGAGCCAAAGAGGUGGUGGCAUUAAGGGGUGGAAAAAGAACGCGGUAUCAGUCUCCGUCGAAUCGGAGUAAAAGCAAGCAUCGAAGCGAAUCAGGAUCGCAAGUGCGCUGCUACUUUCUGCCAACGCGGAAAGCUCUCGUUCGCUGUCCACAAAAUCACAACCCGGAAGGACUCACCCCCCUCACACCAACCUUGUCCAGCGUGGCCGACGACGACGACGACGUAAAGGUUGAGCACCGGCGCCUCUAACGCAGCACAUCUAGCGCGGCCCGAACAAUGUCCAGCGAAGAGGAUAAACCGCCGGCACCGCCCGUCCGCCUGACGAGCAAUCGGGGUGGUGGCGGCGGAGGCGGCGGAGGCACGGGAGGGAGCGACCGGAUCGAUGGGGUGGCCCCGGUCGAUAUGAAACCGUUGCCGAAAGAACCGGACGAUGCCGAUCGGAAGAAGAAAACGCUCAAGAACAAAAUCAAGGUCUCGAAGGGACCGCACAACGACUCCAAGCCGAAUAUAUCCUAUCCGACCAACUUCGAGCACACGGUGCACGUGGGCUUCGAUGCCGUGACCGGCGAAUUUACGGGUAUGCCAGAGCAAUGGGCGCUGAUGCUGAAGAACUCAAACAUUAGCAAGCAGGAGCAGAAGAAGAACCCGCAGGCCGUGCUGGACGUGCUGAACUUCUUCGACAACAGCAGCAAGCAGCGACCGAGCUCGAAAUAUAUGACCCAUGGACUGCACACUACGACACACUCGGCAUCGUCCAUAGGGUCGUCGCUGAGCCGGGUGAGCAGCAGCAGUCCGAGCAGCACGCCGACGGACUCGGAGUCGCACGGCGGACCCGGGGCGCAGGUCAUCUCGAGCAGCCACUCGCAGGCGUACAGUCUGGGCCUUUCGUCGCACAACUCGGCCGGCGACCACGACAGCGACGAGCUGGGCGUCCUCAGCGGCAGCGCCAGCGGCAGCAUCAGCGGCAAUGGCAUUCCCCCGCCCAUCGCCAGCCGCCCCGAGCGGACCAAAUCGAUCUACACACGGCCUAUCGAUGAUCCGAUCUCACCGCCAAUACCUCCUCAUUUGAGCGCCGCUGCGACGUACCCGGGCGCCGGAACUGGCGCCAUACGCAGCCCGACGCAGUUCGACAAGAACAAGAACUCGGUCAACGCUGCCUCCCCGCAGACGAUCAGCAGCCUCUCGACGGCGGCGGCGGCGGCGUCCACGAACCAGCAGAACUCGCUGCAUCUGCAUCACCAUCAGCAACACCAAGGGGUGGGCCCGCUCGGGGCCACACACAACCAUGCCGCUCCUUACGUUACAGCCGCAAGCAAUGCCAUCGCACCAUCGUUGGUGGGCAGCAACGCGACUGGCGACAGCAACACGGGCUGCUACGUACCACCGCCAACGGUGCCGGCGACGCCCGCCGUCGGAGGGGCCGCCGCGGUGGCCGCCCUGACGGUGGCGAACGUGAACAAUGGCACCGCAGCGACGACGACGCCGACGCAGCAGCGGGCGGCCAACCUCAAGAAGAAGAAGAUGUCCGACGAGGAGAUCCUCGAGAAGCUGCGCACGAUCGUGAGCGUCGGCGAUCCGAAGCGGAAGUACAACAAGAUGGAGAAGAUCGGCCAGGGCGCGUCCGGUACCGUCUACACGGCGAUCGAGAGCUCGACCGGCAUGGAGGUGGCGAUCAAGCAGAUGAACCUCAGCCAGCAGCCGAAGAAGGAGCUGAUCAUCAACGAGAUCCUGGUGAUGCGGGAGAACAAGCACCCGAACGUGGUCAACUAUCUCGACAGCUACCUGGUGUCGGAGGAGCUGUGGGUCGUGAUGGAGUACCUGCCGGGCGGUUCGCUCACCGACGUCGUCACCGAGACGUGCAUGGACGAGGGCCAGAUAGCGGCCGUCUGCCGGGAGGUGCUGCAGGCGCUCGAGUUCCUGCACAGCAACCAGGUGAUCCACCGGGACAUCAAGAGCGACAACAUUCUGCUCGGCCUGGACGGCAGCGUCAAGCUGACGGACUUUGGCUUUUGCGCGCAGAUCUCGCCCGAGCAGUCCAAACGGACGACCAUGGUCGGCACGCCGUACUGGAUGGCGCCGGAGGUGGUCACGCGGAAGCAGUACGGACCGAAGGUUGAUCUCUGGUCACUCGGUAUUAUGGCGAUCGAAAUGAUCGAGGGUGAACCGCCGUACCUAAACGAGAACCCGCUGAGGGCGCUCUACCUGAUCGCAACGCACGGCAAGCCGGAGAUCAAGGAGAAGGAAAAGCUGAGCACCGUCUUUCAGGACUUCCUCGACAAGUGCCUCGAGGUAGACGUCGACCAGCGCUCAACGGCCUACGAGCUGUUAAAACAUCCCUUCCUGAAGCUCGCUCGACCGCUCGCUAGUCUAACGCCCCUCAUCAUGGCCGCCAAGGAGGCCACGAAGGGCCACUGAAAGCGGGAGGACGUCGUUCCACCAUCGGCCACCGUUGGUACCGACGAUAGUGACGAUAGUGGACCCGCUACUACUACUACGACCAGUACGACGGUUACUUCUCCCGCUGGCGCCGCCACUGCCGCUGACGCAAGGGCCGGCAAUCCAGCGACAACCGCCACCGGUAUGCCAUCCUGUUCACCGCUGUUGGCCGCCGGUGCGUGCGAUGGUGGCGCAGAAAAACGUGAUAAACCCAGUAUGGUGGCCUCCGUGCUAUCGCCGUCCAUCGAUAACAGCUGCUAACGUGUAUGCAAUGUCUGUGUGAGUCAACGAGAACGAAAGAGAACAGGAGAGAGUGCGUGUGUGCAUGUUGAACUUAUGUAUGUGUGUAUGUGUGUGUGUCAGAGUGAGACAGAAGAAGAGAGAGAAUGUAAGACCAAGGAUGGUUUUGUUUGACCGGGGAACAGGAAGAACUAUAACAGUUGAAACCACUUGGACCGGCGAGGGAAUUUUCGGACCUCCCUGUGCCACCCAACGGGAACAUGUUAAUUAUCAACAGAAAGCAUGCAUAGCAGAAGGCAAAACGAUAACAAAAACAACAAACGAAUUAAUACACAAAUCAACACAUGUAAAAAUAAAACAAAACAGACACACAAAAACAAAUAUAUAUAUACGUUUCUUUGUUGACACGUAAAGUCAGAACAAAUAGAACAUAGUCUGGGUAAGACAUUGCGAAGACUAAUACUUAAUAAUGUAAAGAAAGAAAGUGAUGUACACGUUGGCUUCCGCCGACGUACACUCCUCUUCGCGGGAUGUAACAAUAUAGUGAACAUUGUGGGGUUUAAUGUAUCGGAAAAGUGGCACUGAAGGAGAGAAGGUAUCAUAAAACAAUAAACACAUUAUGAAACAAACUACCAGCAAUGCGAGACAAUGCUAGAGUAGGGAAAAUGAAGAGACACGAAAGAAGUGAAAUAGUAAAAUAUAAAACAACAAACAAAUCUGAAACCACAGCAGAAUAGUGUAUAGUGAUAGUAUGCAGAACCGAACACUGGGAAUCAGAACUACUAAGCAGUAAAAGAAAACAAAUCUAUUGCAUUAUAGAAAAGUAUAGAAACGAUUAAACGAUCACUUAAUCGGAAAACAAAGGAAAAGUAAAAAGUGAAACUAUAAAGCAGGCUUGAUCAGAACAGAAAAAAGUAGGAACAAAACGUGACCCAUUGUAAAGUGUAUAUAAAUAGUACAAAAACAUGAGAAGGAUAAAAUAAAUUAGAGGGACGAGUAAAAAAGUUGAAAGUAUCGAAAGGCUUAACGUAUAGAAUUAAUAAUAAGCAUAAUUCAAACGCGAGCUAAAUGAGAUGGGACAACGGAACGAAAAGGACACCCAGAGAUACUAUUGGACUGAUUAGAUGGGGAAAAAGCAUGUGUUGGCUCAAAAGGGACGGACGGUUGGAGAAAUAUGAAAAAAAAACAAUGGAAAAAUUCACCUAAACGGAAAUUAAUAAGAAAAAAUCAAUAGAAACACAGUUAGGCGAAAGACGAAACGAAAACAUACAUCAGUAAAAUCGUAGCCAUUAUCUUUUCCCCCACCAUAAGAACUAUGAAUGGAAAUGAAAGUGUAAGGAAAAAAUUAGAAACAAAAAAUACAAGAUCAAGAACACAAUAUAAUAGUCGAACAACCCCGAUAAACAGUGAAAAGUGCCUACAAGCAAAUUUGAACGUACGUGGAUUUGUCUCUACGUUUUGGGUGUGCAUGUGUUUGUCUACGCUGUUCAUUACAUGGUUUUGAGUGCGCAUUUUAUUUGCUUUUCUAAUCCACUCGAUUUUUAUACGACUUAAAGGAAGGCUUUGUUAGUAUUCACAUAAAACGUUAAAACGAUGGCCAACUACCGAAAUGUUCUUUCAAAAGGGGCCCUUUGUUUAAUAAAAUGUUCUCAAACGAUGGAUGUGAGAGGAAGAGAGAGUAAAACGUUCGUCGUGAUAGUUUUCUAAUUUUUCUAAAUAAUCGUUUCCAACCAAUCUGCGUAACGUGUCGCGUUCUUCUAUGUAUCUCCAAAAACGGUGUAAUAAAAUCACUCAUUCAUACAUGAGGCUAGCAGGAGAA